AUGGAGUCUGAAAGGUUAUAUGAGUGGUCCAAUGCUUAUUAUAACCGCGUCUGCUCUUCGGACGAAUCGACGAAUACGGAAACGGAAAUCAAUUUGGCGGUCCGCGCAGAUAAGAUUUACAGACGAGCCCAGGAAGUGUACCGAAAAACGGAAACGCUGAAUUUAUCGGCUGGUGCCGAUGACAAAAAUGAUUUCUAUGACAUCCAGUCCACGCCGUGUUACUCAGAAUUGUCUUUUGAACAUUUGACAAAACUUCCGGCGAACGUUCCGGAACGCGAACAUAGAGUAUUAGUUGUGGUUUUACUAUCGAUCACAUUCUUCUUACAGAUGUUUUCGCGCGACUUUUGUGUACCGUUUUUUGAACCGACUUCAAUUGUCCUAUCACAAGGAUUUCAGACUCCGUUAUCGCUGUUCCCUAUUUGGAACAUAGUCGUCGGCGUAUUGUUAACGAUUCCAGCUUGCGUGGGCAUUAACAAGUAUGGUAUCCGGACCUGUCUGUUGUGUUCUUGUGCAUUGUCGUCGUUUGGAGUGGGUAUACGGUGUCUGUCAACAAUCGGCGAUUCGACUUUUGUGUUGCACGUGUCUGCCGUGUUUCUGUCGAGUGCUUCGGUCGUCGUAAAACCUUUGACGGUCACCGUGUCCACUUGUUGUUUCCUGACCGGCGAAAGAAACACGGCAACAGGAUUUCUGACUUGUGCUUCGGCGGCCGGCGCGGCGGCCGGUCUCCUAGUGACAACGGUCUUACGACAAGAACAGCCGUAUCCUCAGCCCGCAGUAACAAGUGAAGAUAUGCGCAUCAAUAAUAUCAUUAUCUUAUAUCUGUCCUUUGUUGCUAACCUUGUUUGCCUGCUAUUCGCAUACUUCGUGUUCCCGCACGAACCCAGAAAGAGGAAACACUGCGAUCAAUCGACGGAAACCAAGCAAAAAUGCGAUGUACCAUCCACAUCGUUUCUGUUGCAGACAGUUUUCAAGUCGAUACAAAACUCCGAUCUGGUCUACGUCGCUCUUUCGUACGCGUGUUCCAAUGCGCUCUCUUGGCCUUGGUAUCAAAUGAUCGACAUCACGUAUUCUAAAGUCGGCUUUCCUCAGACUGUUGGUAAGGAUUGCCGAUUGUGGAUGAUCAUUCACACGUGCGUACUAUCGUUGUCCGUUUGCUGGUUGGCCGAUCGGAUAGUGGGAUCCAGCAAGCUUCUUGGGAUUUUGUGCCACUGUCUCGCCACGAUAUUUAUGCUGUGGGUCGUGUUGGCGUUGUGUGUCAAAAGUCUACGUAGGAGAACGAAUUCCCUGGUGUUUGGCGUCAUGUUUGCGUUUCCGUUGUCGUGGACCACGCAGGGUUUACUAUAUGAACUGGCCGCGGACUAUGCACAUCCGCUGCCGGAAAGCAUGGCCGUUGGUCUUAUCUGCCUGUUGGAAACGUCGUGCGAAAGUUGCAUGUACUUCAUACUGUAUGCUUUCCCCAAAUUCCAUUUGUACUGGUUGCAUGUGUUCACGUUCAUAGCUGGAUUAUUGAGUGUCGUAUUUAUCAUAUUAAUAAAGGGGAAAAAAUUUGAUAGAUAUUAUAAUUAA